GGUGCGUAUGUAUGUUGUAGUUCUUCAAUCUCUUGCGGUGUUCAAGUAUUCCACCCUCACGACUGCUUCACGACCAACAAUUAUGUUGAGAGCGAUCCAGCACUGGAUGAUAGUAUAACUAGCAGGAAUACCAUCGUCACAGGUCCACCAGGUCCACCUCUCACCCACACCCAUUUUCUACCAAUAUGGCCAUAGUCUCAGAUGAUCCCAUUUGGUGGCCGAUCGUCAAUUCAUAUCGUUUGGGUAGCUAUUUUGUAGUUGCCGCUUUUGUUGCAGUGAUAUAUGAUUGGGCACUUACAUUUGGACAAGAGGUGGAACUGAUCUGGAGACAACGCUGGUCGAGUUGGACGGUCAUCGUGGUAUUUGCGAUGCUGUGGGUCAUCAUCAUCGCUCGGUUGUAUGCCAUGUAUCAAGGAUCCAGAAAGAUCCUGAUAUUUCUCAUUUUCACCUUCCUCGCCGACAACAUUUUCGACGCAGUAGUCGCCAUAAUGUCAACAAUGUAUACUUCAGGGGAGGAACUAAUUCUCUUGGGCACUUAUCAGUGCCAGAUUAACUAUGUGGAAGAUACCAUAUUGCUAAAUUCCAUUACUUGGAUACUCGCCACUGUGUGGGAGGUCCUCGCGCUAUGCCUCGCAGUCUGGAUUGCGGUAGAACACUUCCGUGAACUGCGACAACAUUCAGCAGGGGGGAUUAUCGAGGACUGUUUCACGGUGUUAAUGAAAACUCAUCUGGUUUACUUUGCGAGCUUUGUUGCUGUUGCUUGCUUCCAUCUCAUUAUUGAGUUCUCUCCAACAUUCUUAACGGACAUUGCCCUGGACACUCAGAUUAUUUUUGGUUUUGUUCAGAUUUUGACAAAUGUGCAAAUGUUUGUACCAGGACCGCGCCUGAUCAUUGGCGUUCGGGAAUACCACGCUAAGCUCGUUGCCGAUGCCGACGCUGCGACUGGCAUGGCCUCAAUCGCUUUCCAGGAGCGUGUGCAUAUAUCGACUGGCAGUGGUGUGUAAUGCUCGGUGAAGUUAAUGGCUACCUCGUACUUGAAAAGAGCAGGGGAUUUUGUUUCUAUUUAUUACCACUUUCUUGCAGUAUUGAUCUAAGUUAUUUGGUGUUCCGAAGUAGAUUUCAAGGAGACAUACAAAGUUUUUGUCGUAGUGUUUCAAGUUAGUUAGGUAAUUUGCUAUAUGUGCUGAGUCUGAUGACAAUGUUUAAACCAAUAUACUGGAUAGUUCUACUUGCA